AAAAAAUGACAAGUGAAGUAAAGAAGUUGAGGAAGUUUGUGCGGUGAUGUUCGUGUUUCGGGUGGUAUUUAAUUAACAACGAAUUAUACUGAACAUUUUCCUAUUAUUUCAUUCUUAACUCGUUAUUAAUCUAUCACAAUGGCGAUGCAACCGCAUAGUAAGAAAAGAGUGUGCUACUACUAUGACAGUAAUGACAUCGGGAACUAUUAUUACGGUCAGGGACAUCCUAUGAAACCGCACCGUAUACGCAUGACUCAUAAUUUACUAUUAAAUUAUGGAUUGUACCGGAAAAUGGAGAUAUAUAGACCCCAUAAAGCAACCGCUGAUGAGAUGACAAAAUUCCAUUCUGAUGAUUAUAUUCGCUUCUUACGAUCAAUCAGGCCAGAUAAUAUGUCCGAGUAUAACAAACAGAUGCAAAGAUUCAAUGUCGGUGAAGAUUGUCCAGUGUUUGAUGGUCUCUAUGAGUUUUGUCAGCUGUCUGCAGGUGGAUCAGUGGCUGCAGCUGUGAAAUUAAAUAAACAGGCUUCUGAGAUUUGUAUCAAUUGGGGAGGAGGACUUCACCAUGCCAAAAAAUCAGAAGCCUCAGGCUUCUGUUACGUUAAUGACAUAGUACUUGGAAUCUUAGAGUUGCUGAAGUACCACCAGAGGGUGUUGUACAUUGAUAUUGAUGUCCACCAUGGUGAUGGGGUUGAGGAAGCCUUCUACACCACUGAUAGAGUUAUGACAGUGUCUUUCCAUAAAUAUGGAGAGUACUUCCCUGGAACUGGCGACUUACGUGAUAUUGGUGCUGGAAAAGGCAAGUACUACGCAGUAAACAUACCCCUGCGCGAUGGAAUGGACGACGACUCUUAUGAAUCCAUCUUCGUGCCUAUCAUAUCAAAAGUCAUGGAGACUUUCCAGCCCAGUGCGGUUGUCCUGCAGUGUGGAGCUGAUUCACUGACAGGUGACAGGUUAGGUUGUUUCAAUCUUACUGUUCGAGGUCAUGGCCGAUGUGUUGAGUUAGUGAAGAGGUUUGGCCUACCCUUCUUGCUAGUUGGAGGCGGAGGUUACACAAUUCGUAAUGUGUCACGUUGUUGGACCUAUGAAACAUCAGUGGCCCUUGGGGUCGAAAUAGCUAAUGAGUUGCCUUACAAUGAUUACUUUGAAUACUUCGGGCCUGACUUCAAGCUACAUAUUUCACCCAGCAAUAUGUCUAAUCAAAAUACACAGGAGUAUUUAGAAAAAAUUAAAAAUAGGCUCUUUGAGAAUCUGAGAAUGUUACCACAUGCACCUGGUGUUCAGGUACAAGCUAUUCCUGAAGAUGCUGUAAAUGAUGAAUCUGAAGAUGAAGACAAAGUUGACAAAGAUGAAAGACUGCCACAAAGUGAUAAAGACAAGCGCAUCACGGGAGACGGCGAGUUAUCGGACUCAGAAGAUGAGGGAGAGGGAGGCCGCCGCGACAACCGCUCCUACCGGACGCCGCAGCCGCGCAAGCGACCGCGCCUCGAUAAGGACGGCUCGCAGAUCAAGGAUGAAAUCAAAUCUGAAGACACAAAAGACGACGUCAAAAACUUAAGCAGUGUUGAAGAGCCAAAGAAAGAAAUACCUCCGAAUCCCUGAUGUACGCGAUAGACACCGCGUAGGUUGUAAAAGUUCAGCAUUGGUCUUUGUAAUAACACUAGGUAAAAGUGUUACCACAUUCAAGCUGAAACCAUACACUCACGGUGUUUAUGCAAAAUAAGAAAUAUAUUUUAUAUACACAAUAUUGUACGAAACAGGAUUUUGUAAGUAGAUUUCAUUCAGAUCUCAAUUUUCUGACAUGUACUGUCUUUCAUCACAAACAGGCUGGCCACAUUCAUAUUGCUCAUACAAAAGCUAAGGCUUUAGUUCUGACUAAUGUAAUAUUCUUCGGCGUUAACACAUUUUUGUUAAAAAUUAAUUACAUACUAUUUUCCAUCAAUUACAAAUCUUUCUUGUAAGUUCGAAUGUUUUACCUUAGUACUCUUUGCUAGUAUUUAGACUUAUGAAAUGUCAAAAGCAAUCUAGUAAAGCCUUCUAUGCUAUAUCGUUGGGAUUAUAGAAAGGAGCUACAAUUUUACAGUGGCUAGUUUGUUAGUUUUGAUCGAAUCACCUCUUGAAAUUUCAUGUGAUGGUCACUCACCAUCUUUAGAUAAUGAUAUUACUAAGGGAUGGCUAACUCUGCAAAGUCAACUUGUAGUGUUAUAUAUCUAAUAAAUGUUGCUACCAUUUUAUCAGGCUAGUUACUGUGUAUUUUUUUCUUAUACACAAGUAGUCGCUUCGUAUAGUAUUAGGCAUUUGUAUUUGAAGAUAAUGUAGUUUUAGUCCAUGUUUCAUAAAAGCAGAUGGGGGAUUUGUCUUAAGAUUUCAGAAAGCUAAAAUAUAGUGUCCGAAUUAAAGUAUUUCAUAGAAUUGUUUUAAAUGAACUUGAAAAACAAAUAACUUACAGCUCAUCCACCGCCUAUUAAAACGCGGAUAGAGCAAUCGACAGAUAUGUUAUCACGAAUAUGGGCUGACUGGCAGACAAAAAAAAAUAACUACUGCAUCAGAUUCCAAAAAUAUUAUUUUUUUAUGAAAUUAUGGCGAUUAAGGCUAAAUAAGGUUAGUCUUAGGAGUUAUUAUCUCGUUAGGAAUAGAAUAUUUUUUAUAAAACUGACAUCUUAUAAUAGCAUCUAAACAACCAAUAAAUAUCUUUGAAUUAUUUAAAUAAUUAUACCUUGCAGAAGACACGAAGCGUUACCCUUACGUUUCUUACAGGCAAACCAAUAUCCUAAUAAUUAUGUAUGAUUGAUUUGUAAGAUUGAUAGAAUAAGAUUAAGUUAUUUAAUUUAAGCUUAGAAUUUGUGUAAGAAAUAUUUUGUAGGGGCUGUUGAAUUCAGUUCCUUCCAUGCUAUAUUCUCCAUCCCCUACGAAAUUACUGCAUCGGUUAUGUCGUCAUCAGCUGUAACGUCAUUUUUGACAUGUAUCUUUUACAACAACAUUUAAAUGACAAAUAAAAAUAGUAUUAAUUUGAAAUAAAGCAAUCAGUCAAGUAUUUUAUUAUGGUUGAAAUAUCGUCAUUCUGUACAUAAGAAUACCUACUUUGUGGCAACAAAAACAGUAAACUAAUUAAGUUUAAAUGCUUGAUUGUAGAUUUUUACCUGUCAGCUUGUAUGGUUUUGCCAUGCCAGACAAAACAAAACGUAGUUCUUUGAUACAAUAGUUGUAAAGUACCUUUGCGCAUUUUUGUUUUCAGUUAGAUAGGUUUUAAUAACAAAUUCUUGUGUGACUUCAUCAGAAUAAACAUCCUAGUAGAUUGUAAUCAGUCUGUGAUUACAGUUUAUAUGUAAUAGUUUUGAAUAUUCUCAUUGAAUAGAAUAAGACUGUAAAUACGUUUUUUAUUGUUCAAUAUAUCAAAAUGUGUCUAUUU